AUGGUCCUAAGAAAAUUCAGCUCGGAUGCCCUGGACAGCCUAUGUACCCGGGAACAGCUCGAUCUCUUGAAUUCCAUCGACACGCUUCGUUCCCAGGGGAUCAGCCACUAUGUGUCCCUGCCGCAGAUUAUUGUCUGCGGCGACCAAUCCUCAGGAAAGAGUUCGGUCCUCGAAGCGAUAUCCGGUGUCUCCUUCCCCGUAAAAAGCAACCUCUGCACACGGUUCCCGACAGAGCUCGUGCUCCGAAAAGAUACCAAUGUCGGAGUUAGAGUGUCUAUCGUACCUCAUCACUCGCGUAGCGAGGCGGAACAACGGUCCUUGGGGAGUUUCUGCGAAGAGCUCGACAAUUUCGACGGACUGCCUCAGCUUGUCGAGAAUGCCAAAGCAGCAAUGGGCAUAUCCACUCAUGGCAAAGCAUUCUCAAAUGAUCUUCUCCGGAUUGAAGUAUCAGGACCGGAUCGACCGCACUUGACGAUUGUUGACCUGCCCGGGCUUAUCCACUCGGAGACAAAACAACAAUCUGCAGCAGAUGUUCAACUCGUGCAGAAUGUGGUCCAAACCUAUAUGAAGGAGCCGCGAAGUGUCAUUCUUGCAGUGAUAUCAGCGAAAAAUGACUACGCCAAUCAGAUCGUCUUACGACUGGCAAGAGAUGCCGAUAAGUCAGGCGAUCGAACCUUGGGGGUUAUCACCAAACCCGAUAUGUUGGUUCCGAAUUCCGAAAGCGAAAAGAUGUUCAUAUCACUUGCAAACAACAGAGACGUCGAGUUUCGGCUAGGAUGGCAUACGCUAAGAAAUAUGGAUAGUGAUCAGGGAAGCUGGACCCUGUCCGACCGUGACAGGAAAGAGCGCGAGUUCUUUUCUCAGGGUGCCUGGGCGGAGAUGCCGUCCUCAUGGGUUGGAAUCAGUUCACUGCGGAACCGCCUCAGCAAGGUGCUACUGCGGCAAAUAGCAGCUGAGCUUCCAAGUCUUAUUGAUGAGAUUCAGGAGAAGGAAGAUAAUUGCACAAAGCAACUGAUCAGGCUUGGUCAGCCGCGAACCACCUUGGAUGAGCAGAAGUCUUAUCUUCUCAGUAUCAGUCAAUCCUUCCAGGCUUUGGUCAAGGCAGCCAUCGAUGGCACGUACAAUGAAUCGUUCUUCGAUAACAUCCAGUCCACUACAGGGCAACAAAAGCGGAUUCGAUCUAUCAUUCAGAAUAUGAAUGAGGAUUUUGCGGAGCUUCUAAAUAGGAGGGGCCACUACCGUAAGAUAGUGGAAAAGAAGUCUCAAGAGAAUGAUCUCAAAGGACAAUUGUCAAUCACGCGAAGCGAAUUCAUCAAUCAUAUCCAGGAGCACAUGAAACGGACCAGAGGCCGGGAACUGCCAGGCACGUUUAAUCCGAUGAUUAUCGGCGAGAUUUUCAAAGAGCAAUGCAGUCCGUGGAAAGACCUAACCCAUCAACAUAUUCUUGGUACUUGGGAGGUGGUUGAGAAAUUUCUAUUACUUCUCACAGGUUAUGUGGCUGACGAAGCCACGUCUAUGAUCCUUUUUGAUAGAGUCAUAUCCCCUGCACUGGAUCAGCUAAAAGAGAACCUGAUCAAAGCAUCCGAAGAACUAGUCGGAAGUCACCAGAAAGGUCAUCCGAUCACAUAUAACCAUUACUUCACGGAGAACAUACAGAAGAUCCGGGCAGAUAGACGCGCAGUCGCGUUACGCCAAAAGAUUAAGGAUUUCUUUCAUGUUGACACCCUACGAAACCCGUAUUUCCAGGGUUCAUACGAUCUGGAGGGCCUUGUCCAAUCCCUUCUGUCGUUUGAUGAGCCAGAUAUGAUACGAUUUGCAUCAGCCGAAGCUUUGGAUUGCAUGCUAGCUUAUUACAAGGUGGCGCUGAAAAGAUUCAUAGACGACGUUGCAGUUGAAGUUGUGGAGGUAAAACUGGUCCAGUCUCUAUCCGAUAUAUUUACACCCCUCAAAGUAUUCGAAAUGCCGGCUGAGCUGGUAUCGCGCAUCGCCGGCGAAUCCGAUGAAAACCGUGCCCUACGGCAACAAUUAAACAGGAAGUUACAAGUUCUUGACAAAGGCUUGUGGACUUGCCGGCAAUUCGUUAGUGGUCGUGGCAUUGGCAUGAAUGGUACUAAGGAAGCACGCCAUUCAGAUACCAAGGCAGGAGAAGGAGAUGGGCUUGAACUUUCGCAAAAUGAGGAAGAGAAUGAUAUCUCCCGAAUAUACUACGCUGAUUCAAGUGCCGAAGGUUCGUAA